CAGGAGGAAACCGCAAGAGCGCUCAGUGUCCCAGGCGCUUCAGGCUGGCUUGGGGGGGCUCGGGUCCUGCUUCUCCAACCCCAAGGGCCCCCGGCGGCGGCGAGCCCUGAUACCUCCACCACUCACCAUGGCCAGCCAGUUCUGUCUCCCUGUCGCCCCACACCCUUCAUCCCUGAAACUCUUGAGGUCGCACUUCGAGGAGCUCCGAGCGGGCCUCCGCAUAGCAAUCCAGCGCAGCGACAAGCGGAUCCACCUCGCUGUGGUCACAGAGAUUAACCAGGAGAACUCGUGGGUCACGGUAGAGUGGGUGGAAAAAGGAGUCAAGAAAGGCAAAAAGAUUGAGCUCGAGACCAUAUUCUUGCUGAAUCCAGCUCUGGCUUCUGCGAAACACCCCAAGCAGGCCAGGCCCUUGCGCCCCGCGUCUCUCGUGCCAUCUUCGGCCAUCGGGGACCAGCGUACAGCCACGCGGUGGAUGGCAAGGAUCUCCCCGAAAAGCGAAACCCCCUCAGGGGACAGCCCGGCGGUGGGGGUGCCCAGCCACCCUUGCCUGGUGAAGCAGAAAAAGUCUCCCUGUGUACGGGAAAUCGAGAAACUGCAGAAGCAGCGGGAGCAGCGCCGGCGGCUGCAGCUGGAAAUCCGAUCCAGGCGUGCCCUGGACGUCAACGCGGGAAAUCGCAACCAUGAGAUCAUGUGCAUGAUCCAAGAGUGCCGCAGGCACCUGGACAGAAGCCUGAUGUGCAGCCGGGAGCCCCCAGAAGACCACCGGAUCUGUGUGUGCGUGAGGAAGCGGCCUCUCAACCAGCAAGAGACCACCAUGAAGGACCUGGAUAUCAUCACUAUCCCCUCCGACAAGGUGGUCAUGGUGCACGAGUCCAAGCAAAAGGUGGACCUCACGCGCUACCUGGAGAACCAGAUCUUCUGCUUCGACCAUGCCUUUGACCACACCGCCUCCAACGAACUAGUGUACCAGUUCACCGCACAGCCGCUGGUGGAGUCCAUCUUCCGGAAGGGCAUGGCCACCUGCUUUGCCUAUGGGCAGACAGGCAGUGGGAAAACGCACACCAUGGGGGGAGCCUUCUCGGGAAGAGCCCAGGACUGCUCCAAAGGUAUUUACGCCCUGGUGGCGCAGGAUGUCUUUCUCUUGCUCAAAAACUCCACCUACGAGAAGCUAGACCUCAAAGUCUACGGGACCUUCUUUGAGAUUUAUGGGGGCAAGGUGUAUGAUUUGCUGAACUGGAAGAAGAAACUGCAAGUCCUGGAGGACGGCCAGCAGCAAAUCCAGGUGGUGGGUCUGCAGGAGCGGGAGGUGCGCUGUGUGGAGGAAGUGCUGAACCUCGUGGGCCUGGGGAACAGCUGUCGGACGUCCGGGCAGACCUCGGUCAAUGCCCAGUCCUCCAGGAGCCACGCGGUGUUCCAGAUCAUCCUCAAGUCCGGAGGGAAACUGCACGGCAAGUUUUCCCUUGUCGACUUAGCUGGGAACGAACGGGGAGCGGAUACGGCCAAGGCCAACCGGAAGAGGCAGCUGGAAGGGGCGGAGAUUAAUAAGAGUCUGCUGGCUCUCAAAGAAUGCAUCCGGGCUCUGGGUCAGAACAAGCCGCACACCCCGUUCCGAGCCAGCAAGCUCACGCAGGUCCUUCGCGACUCCUUUAUAGGCCAGAACUCCUCCACUUGCAUGAUCGCCACUAUCUCACCCGGGAUGACCUCUUGUGAAAACACCCUCAACACGUUGAGAUACGCAAACAGAGUCAAAGAACUCACUAUGGACGUAAGGUCCUACCAUCGCUUUCUCUAUCCUAUGGGACAUGAGACUCCGCAGAUGCUGGAAAAACAUCUCAGAAAUUCCGAAGUGUCCCUUCAAAGAAAUGAGUUUAUGAAAACCCCUUGUAUACAGAGAGAGGAGGAGAAACAGAACAAAGAAGCUGACACCUUAUCCACGCCGUUAACGAAGGAUGCAGCCCCUUCUCAGAAGGAAUCUCCUGAAUGGUGGCAGAACAUCCAGGAGGCCGCUGAUGGAGUAAACUAUGACGUUGACUUUUGCAUUGCCCAGUCCUUGUCCAUUUUGGAGCAGAAAAUUGGUGUUCUGACUGAGAUUCAAAAGAAACUGAAAUUUUUACGUGAUGACUUACAGAAGAAGAGCAAAGUAGAGUGAAGGCAAAAGUCAGAUGCUGGGUCUGAAAGGAUGGAUGUAGUUCUGCAGUUGCUACCUCUCUUGUACAGGAAAAUUUUACAAACUAUCUAAAUAUAAAGGUCCUCCUAGAAUGCUUAAAAACAUCUUAAAAUAUCCUGGUCAGAAACGGACUCUUUAUUCUUUCUCUGUAUUUUUAUAACGUGUUUUCAUUCUAGGCAGUGGUUUUCAACUGGGAGAUUUUGCUGCUCCCUCCCUCCGGCCCCUGCCGCCUGCACUUCUCUACCUCAGGAUUUGGCAAUGUCUAGAAACCUUUUCAGUUAUCACACCUGGGAUUGUGGGGAGGUGGAGGAUUGGGUACUGACACAUAAUGAGCAGAAAGUCAGAGUUACAGGCUAGCCUCCCACAACAAAAAAUCAUCUGGUAGAAAAUAGCAAUAGUACCAAGGUUGAGAAACAUGGCUACAGAAGAAAUAAGCUACGCUGAAACCAGAUACCCUAACUUUGCAGCUGGGAAAGUAAAACACUAGAUUAGAGGAAUGAAAGUGAAAAUACAGCAAGGGGUACACAAUGGAGUAAAUGUAGUGAUUCUCAUACAUGAAUCUUUCUCUGUUUCAUUGUUGUGUAGACUCAAAGGCUUUCUAAGAUCCUCUUAUGCUGGGAAGAGGAAGGAGGGACUUUGUCUGAAGCUCUGAGUGAGUGCCUAGAAUUGAGAGAGCUCCUAUUUUGUCAUAUUUGAGUUGAAAUAACAAAGUUCUUCGUUAGUUACUUGGGGUUGAUUAAAUAAAGUACAUGUGUGUGUUUUAUAUAA